AUGAAAAAGUUAAACCCUGUGGCCUGCACUAAGUCUCCUAUAUUGGUACCUCCUCCUUGUAAAAUGAGAUUCAAUACAUGCUCAAAUCACAGAGCUCUGCGAGCCUGUGAUUUGCCUAUAUCCUAUCCUGGAAAAAUUCGACUGAAGGCAUUUGAUACCCGGACGUACGCGGAAACCGGUCGGCCUACUUAUUACGAGGCAAGGGAGCCUAGGAAAUAUCAAGUGGUGAGGGAAGGGGAUGUUAGUGGGGAAGUCGAGCCGCCUGGAGACAUUUUAUCAGUGGUGAUCGAGAAGGUAUCGCCCAACAGCGCAGUAGGUUUACGCAGAAAGGUGUUGCGGGACAUACGAUUGAUGAUGUCUCUAAAAAUGUGGAGCCAACCUCACUCCGAUAGACACAGCUUCUUCUCUCCUAGACCGCUUCUUCGAUUCGUCGUAAUGGGCAAGAUCGCAACCAAAGACACAACCUGGGUAUCCUUCCAACUCCCCGACUGGCAAAACACGAUCCCCACAAUCGACUCUACUCAUUCACCCAGCUCCUUCAACACCUUUAUCAAGAAAUGCAACUAA